UAUCACCUCCCGACCUGAGAUAUCUACAUUAUCUCUCCUCUGUAUCAGCAACACGACUUUGACCCCUCGACUAGACGCCCCAACAAUUGAUGAACAGAGAGAAGACAUCGUGUCAGGCCGUUCACCAACAGCUGCAGCAAGGAUGAGGAAUCUCAUUCUCCUCCCACUUCUUCUCCAUCUCACCUCGGCAGGCAUGGACGGCACCGUCUGCUCCAGUCCAGGGACAGUGGCCAACAAUAUUCCUCGGCCAACCGUCCCCUCGACGUUCGAGAUCCAUGUGGAGUGCAUCAUUAUUAACAAGAACAGGUCAACUGAAGUGCAUGAGUACUAUGACCAGGCUUCCAAAUCUGCAGCGGUCCACCAGACCUUACUGGGGGCACAUUUCUACGGUUACUUUGACUACUCGACGAACGAGUUCCUUGGCAUAGACCCAGACGCAAAAACGUGUCAGGUGUCAGAUCUGAGUACGUCAGGUCAGAGGUUCCUGUUUGGGGUCAACGUCACCGGAGGCGGCGACCGGAUAUACUCCGCGGCAGGUGCGCUCCACUUUGGCAGCGCCGUCGUGGAGGUGUAUCAGGGGAAGGACAAUGUCCGGGGCAUCAACGUGGAAAAAUGGUACUCGUGUCAAUAUUGGCAGGGCAUGGACGCCACCAUGAAUGUUACGUGGUACUUCUCAGACACCAAUGAGUGGGAUAUGGCUCUCAACCUCCCCAGUACCCCAGUCAGGGCGCGGGUCACGGGGACGCGAGGGGCGUCCUCAGACGGACCUGCACAUCCCUUCGACCACAUCUACGACCUCAUACACUUCAAGAACUACAUCACAGUGGCCGACGCAUUUGAAACACCGGGUUUAAUCUCAUGCCCAGGACGGAAGUUGGUCAAGCCAUUUCCACAAAUCUCCUCAGCAUUUUCCUUCACGGUAGAAAUCAUCGACUCUGUACGAGGGGACGUCCGGUUCAUGCAGGAGUGGUAUGACGACCAGAUGAAGCUGACCAAGUAUAUCUACACCCCCGCUGUUGCCAGUAGCAACGGUCAGUUCGGAUAUCGGCCUCUCACGGAAGUUCAUGACUUCAACACUGGCAUGGCGUAUAUUACCGAUAAUGAGCGAGGAAACUGCACGUGGCAACUUAUCGAACAGAACAACUUUGAUGACCUUGACACCGAUGCCUUCAACGUGCGCAUCAAGACGGCAAAGCAAUUCUUCUAUAUGGACGCGGCUGGAGUUACCUAUGAGGGCAUAAAACUCACCCGGAACAUCAGAACAGACACAUAUGUCGGAAGGCGAUCUGACUUCCCACCCAAAAUGCCUCUCAACUCUACAUUCGAGUGGCACUUCCUCACGAGCGACUACCAGACCGUACAGUCGAGGACCGACAUGUACAAUGGGGCUGUACCGGUCCAGCUUCGACUCUCGAUACCUAAUUACGACAUCGGCUACGACUACAACAUCUACAACUACGUCCAAUCCAAGGCCAACCUCCUCAACUGGGACAUCAGUGCCUGCUACGCUAACUUGGAUAGGAGGAGGUUCGACUUUACUGUUCCAGGAUCCUUUGCUACCCGUAUUGAUGACAACCGAGAACUGUUUCGCUACUCCAUCCUGCUAUCACUCAUGUCUUAUCUCGCCAUCUCACCUCUGAGAAUCGCCCAUCUCAAGCUGGUUUUUCAAGAUGAUGUACACAUUCGGUUUGAGCUGUUGGACGUCGCGCCAAUGAUCGGGGACGUCAAAACCAACGUUACGGAGACUCCUCUGAAACUUGCUGGCAACCUCCUCGUGGACGCCGUUAACUCCAACAAGUUCGUCAUUCCCCUGGACUACGACACGCUGGCGGACGUAUCCAGUGUUGUGGCCAUGCCCAAUUCCAUCCGAGAGUACACCUACGAGGAUGAGUUGGCCCCUCCCGUUCAGGGCUAUACACCAGGUGCGAUGGGAGGCCUGGCUGUUGGAAUGAUUAUAAUUGGAGGAGGUGGAGGGGCGGGACUGUCUUACUUCUUCUUCAAGUGAGAAUACGGAGAAGUAACAGCGUUUCAUAGACAUGUGAGAUUCUCUUCCGGUAUUUGUGCUUUCGAGCAAAACGUUUUCCACAUUCCAAAGACUCGUGCAUUUGUAUAUCUUCACCAGACGAAAUCAGGUACCCGUGUGAUAUUGGGAAGAGCAGCUGGAUGUACCUGACGAGAAGCCCGCGACCACUGAGUGAAUGUCUCCAAUCAAGAACUAAUACGUCCAUACAUCGCUUCACGAUUAAAAUUCUACCUUAAUCAAUACUCAGUAUUUAUAUUUUUGUGUUUCAAAAUAAACAUGUUCUAUUUGA